UUCUUUACAUUGGAAACGAAAAAAAGGAAAAAGAAAACCCGUACCCGUCCCCCGCUGCCCGGACGCGCCGGCGGCGGUCGCCCUCCUCGCCCCUACCGGCGCCCGGCCGGCCGCCUUUCGCUCCGACCUCCCACCGCCCCACGCGCCUGCUCCCUCUGCCCCUCCCCCCGGCCUGCCUCGCGUCCGCCAUCUGCACCAGCACCCGCGCGGGGCCGAUCCCGCCGUCCGCAGGAGCGCGUCGCCGGUGCCCGCGCCGGCGGAGCUCGGGGAGGCCGCGUCCAGGAGCAGAGAGGCGGCGUUGGGCGUAGUUUCGCGCAGGGAUCCCCGCGGCCUUAGCUACUGUCAGAAAGAGAAAGCUCCAGAUUUUGCUCAGAUGAGCCGGCGCCGGCGCCGCCAUUCCUCGCCCGCGCCGGCGCUCCCGCUGGAGGACGAGGACCUCCUACAGGAGAUCCUCCUCCGCCUCCCUCGUCUGCAAGCGCUGCGCUGGCGCGGUGUCCUCUCCGACGCCCGCUUCCUCGGCCGGUACCGCAGGCACCACCGAAGGCCCCCACUCCUCCGCUUCAAGAAGCCCGACCGCAUCCCCCCGGCGCGCUUCGCCGUGCCCAAAAGCUGCGCCCUUCAUGGCCGCUGGCAAUUCCUCGGCUACCGCCACGGCCUUGCCGGCAUGCUCAAUGUGUGUCGGCGCGAGGUCGUCGAGUCGGAUCCCCUCGCCGGCCAGCAGCACCGCGUGCCUUUUCCACCGGGGAUCUGCAACUCCAAGGGGGAGGGUUUGUGGAUAUGGCACGCCGCGGUGCUGUGGGCUGAUGCUGAUGUCAAAUGUGGUUGUUCUGGCUACGUUUUUUGGCGACUUAGUGCUCCUACUUGAGUCAAUGCGGUUCAGACGAAUUUCUGAAAGAAAUGGCUGGGAUAAUACCAUCCAUUAUGCCUACAGAAACUUCUAUACUGCAGAGGAGUUGGGUGGAAAUGGUUGGAUCUGAAACUCUGAGCACGUGAGAUCUGCUAAUGUGCUAUGUUGGUUGACCAGGGACGCCAUGUGAGGAACAGGGGAUAUUGGGAAGGUCUUUAGAUCAGAGAACUUUCCUCGGACAGCCUAUCUUAGAAAUCAAUGGGGUGGAUUGAGCUGCUGAAGCCGGUGGCGGCCAUGAUUGCCUUCGACACGCUCUUUGCGGUGAUGACAGUGCUUGUGAAGAAGGCGCUCGAUGGCGGCCUCAACCCCGUCGUUCUUAUCGCUCUUCGGCAGCUUGUCGGUGCAGCUUUCCUGGCGCCGAUUGCCUACUUCAAAGAAAGGAAUGCAAGACCAAGAUUCACAAAGGAGAUCUUUGCCUACUUGUUCAUGAGUGCGCUACUUGGGGCACUAUUCGCUCAGUAUCUGUUCUUCUUGGGCUUGAGCUACACCACUGCAACACUGGCUGCAACUGUCUCCAAUAUGACCCCAAUCUUCACCUUCCUGAUCGCCGUCCCUCUUCGGUCGGAGACAGUAGAUGUGAGGAGCAAGGCGGGUCUGGCGAAGAUUGCAGGAACACUAGCGUCUGUCAGUGGUGCGAUACUGCUGAGCCUGUACAAGGGUGCUGCCCUGACUCACACAGCAUCUUCGACCCAAGAACACGGUGAAAAUGGCACAACGGGCAACAGUGGCAGCAAGGGAAGAUGGUUGCUGGGCUCGGCGUUGCUGCUGCUGAACUGCAUCACGUUCUCAUUAUGGAUGCUGCUGCAAGGGAAGCUCACCAAGAAGUACCCUGCAGUCAUCUCCAGCACUGCAUUCAUGGCCUUGAUCAGCUCACUGCAAGCAGGGGCACUGGCAGUCACCACCCAAAGGCACCUCUCAGUUUGGCUGCUCCGAGGAAGCAUACAGAUUGCAACCGUUCUUUUCGCGGGAGUGGGAGUAUCGGGGAUAGGGUAUGUGCUGAUGACCUGGUGCAUCGAGAAGAGAGGGCCGGUGUUCACUGCAGGCUUCUUGCCUCUCAUUCAGAUCAUUGCUGGAGUCCUUGAUCUCCUCGUCCUUCAUGAACAGCUUUACGUGGGAAGUGUGGUAGGUGCUGCUCUUGUCAUUGGAGGCCUCUAUCUUCUGCUCUGGGGGAAGAGCAAGGAAGCAUCGUCAGCUGCCAUUUUAUCAGAGAAAGGACUGGAAGAAGAUAAGGAGACACAGGAAAAUUUGUGAAGUAUAGAAAGGGCAUUCUUAGUAGUUAGUGGGGAUGUCAAGAAUGACCCUAAAUGUUCCAUCUAUCUGCCCUGGCCCAUGCUCUAUGUACGUUGCUACAACUUUGAAUAAGUCAGUGUCAUAUUUGUGAUCA